AUGGCUGCAUUCACUAGAGCAUUGACUGGUGCUCGUCGCUCUUUGGCUCUUGCUCGUCGUACUUAUGCUACAGAAGCUGUCUCUUCUUCAGGAAAACUCAUGGUCAACUUGACUGCCCCUCAUCAGGCUAUUCUCUCAAAGUUUGAGGCUCGUCAGGUCAACUUGUCUUCCUCAGAUGGCGAUAUGGGUAUUCUCGCUAACCAUGUCCCAACUAUUGCUCAGCUUAAACCUGGCAUCAUCGAAGUCAUUGGUGCUGAAAAGUCGUCUAAAUUCUUUGUUUCUGGUGGAUUUGCCGUCAUUAACCCCGACUCUUCGCUUAAUAUCAACGCUGUCGAGGCUUUUUCUGUCGCUGAGCUCGAUAUUGACGCUGCCAAGCGUGCCGUCGAAGAUGCUACCAAGCGUAUGUCAUCUGGGUCCGAGGAAGACAAGGUGCUUGCAAAAAUCGAGUUGGAAGUGUUCGAGGCUGUCGUUGCUGCUGCCAAGCACGUUUAAAUAAACUUACACUCGCUCU